UCGUUUUUGAUGUGCUGAGAGAAUCAUUUUUAUUCCCAAUUGGAGUUCCGUGUGCGUCGGGCGAAUGCGGCGGACAGUGCGCGAUAUCAAACGUGAAAUAAAUGAACAAAUUGUUAAUUAAUAAGCAACAGGAGCCGAUCUCGAUACCGAUCAGGCACCAUCAGGUAACAGUACCAACAACAACAACAACAUUGCGCCGUUUGCAUCAAUGUAAUCUGAAUUUUAAUCGGUGUUGUGUAUCUCUGUGUGUGUGUUGUGCGCGCUAAAAAAAGGAGUUGGCGAUAAAUAGAACGAUAACACUGCUGAGUAAAAGUAAAAAACACUUAAAUAUAAUUAGUGUUAAUUUAAAUAGCAACAAACGAAAAAUUAUUCACAGAAAUUAAACAAAAAGCGAGACAACAAAUAUACCGCGAGUUUGUGAUAAAUUAAACGGUGCUUUAACGAAAUUCCAUUUUGCCCAGUUGCUGAAAUAACAACAACAAAAAUAACAGCAAAAGAAAGAGCAAAAGCAUAAAACAAGAGUUGUCACCUCGCCAUUAUUUGAUAACGGUAAUUCGAUGAUAUAAAUGCAGGAGCAAAAGUAAAAGCAAAUCAGGCAAACAAACGAAAAAAAAAAAAGAAGUAAGAGAAACGAAAUUAAGAAACAACAACAAAGUGUGCUGUGUAAAUUACGUACAUAGAAAGUUGAAAAUUCGCGCAUUAAUUUCGCUAUAAAUCGAAACAAUCUGCAAUCUCUGUGCUUUAUAUCAUCAUUAUAAAUUCAAGUUUCACUCCGGGAGUUUUCAUAGCAAAUCUCGCACUAAUGCAACUGCGAGUGCAUCCGACUAUGGAUUGUAGCGGCCGUUCAAAUAACAAUAUUGAACGCGAUUCCGAUUUGGGUGACGAUUUGUCCCACGGCGAUCGAACGGAUGACGAGAUGAGGGACUGCGAUUCCGUGGACGGUGAGCAUCAUCAGCUGAGCGCCAAGGCGGCAAUUGCCGCUCGUCUCAGUCACACAGUCGCCGGCGGUGCUGGCCUCAAUUUCGCCAGUCCGGAGCAGCAAACAGAUCUACCACUCAGCCAUCAUCAUCAGCUGCCGCCGAAUCAUCCGCUUAAUGCUCUUGGCAGCUUCAUGGGCAUCAGUGGUCUACACAGCAUUCCAAAUCUACAGCACAGCGAUGUUCUCGAGAAACUUAAGAUGCAAGUGCGUGACAUGAAAGUUGGUCUCAUGGAACAGGACUAUGCAGCAGCGGCACAUGCAGCAGCCUUUGGAGCCAACAUGUUGCCCACAACGAUCAGCUCGGCCUUUCCGCUGCCCCACAACUCGGUGGCCGCAGCAGCGGCAGCUGCAUCCUUUGCCCCCUUGCCGCCUGCCAGCAAUGGCGCCACAUACAACGGUGCGGCAAGUGGAGGAAGCAAUGUGGCAGCAGGAGCAGCGGCAGCAGCAGCAGCAGCUGCUGUUAACGCGGCCAGCAAUAAUGGAGCCAACACAGCUGGAGGAGGGGGAGGAGGCAACAACAGCAACAACAACAACAACAACAAUGCAGUGAGUGGCAACAACAACAACAACAACAGCAGCAGCAAUGGACAUCCCUUCUCAUUUGCAUCGCCAACAGCGCCAAGCGCCAAAGAAGCGCGCCACUUUACAGCUAAUUCCGCAUCAAAUUCAUCGACAUCCAGCGAGGCAUCCAAUUCAUCGCAGCAGAAUAAUGGCUGGAGCUUUGAAGAGCAGUACAAACAAGUCAGACAGCUCUAUGAAAUUAACGAUGAUCCCAAACGCAAGGAGUUUCUCGAUGAUUUGUUUUCAUUUAUGCAAAAGCGCGGCACGCCCAUCAAUCGCCUGCCCAUAAUGGCCAAAUCGGUGCUGGAUCUUUAUGAACUAUACAAUUUGGUGAUAGCACGCGGCGGCCUUGUCGAUGUGAUCAACAAGAAGCUGUGGCAGGAGAUCAUCAAGGGACUGCAUCUGCCAUCGAGCAUCACCAGUGCCGCAUUCACGCUACGCACCCAAUACAUGAAGUAUCUCUACCCAUACGAGUGCGAAAAGAAGAACCUCAGCACACCGGCCGAACUGCAGGCGGCCAUCGAUGGCAAUCGUCGUGAAGGACGCCGUUCCAGCUAUGGCCAAUACGAGGCCAUGCACAAUCAGAUGCCACUGACGCCCAUUUCACGUCCACCUCUGCCGGGUGGCAUGCAACAAAUGUCGCCACUGGCGCUGGUCACACACGCCGCGGCAGCCAACAAUCAACAGGCACAGGCGGCAGCAGCCGCGGCAGCAGCGCAUCGUCGAUUGAUGGGCGGACCGGCAUUUGGCCAGAUGCCCAAUCUGGUGACACAGGAGAUCGAGAAUCGCAUGAUGGAGUAUCUUCAGCUAAUACAGGCCAAGAAGGAGCAGAGUGCUGGUUCAGUGCUUGGCGCCACACAUCCCCACCAGCAACAGCAGCAGCAGCAACAGUCGCUGCAUCAUCAUCAACAGCAACAACAACAGCAGCAGCAGCUACAGCAACAACAGCAGCAGCAACAACAACAGCGACAACGUUCUCAGAGUCCCGAGCUGAGCACGCGCGAUGCGUUGAGCGCGCAGGUGGCGCUUUGGCACAUGUACCACAACAGCAGUCCAACUGGGUCGGCCCACAGUCCACAGCAACGCGAAGCUUUGAACCUCUCCGACUCGCCGCCGAAUCUCAAUCUGAGUCACAUUAAGCGCGAACGCGAACGUGAUCCAACACCUGAGCCGGCGGAUCAUGAGGAUGCACCGCAUCAACCGCCACCAGCGAAACGUGUGGGCAGCGGACUGAUGCCACCUGGUUUUCCUGCCAACUUUUACUUGAAUCCACACAAUAUGGCCGCUGUGGCCGCCAUCACCCAUCAUCAUCACCAUCAGCAGCAGCAACAGGACGCAGCGUCCGAGGGCGAACCGGAGGAUGAUUAUGGAAAUGCGGAACACAAUACCACGGGCAACUCAUCGUCAAUGCACGAUGACAAUGAGCCGCAGCAGCUGAACGGACAUCAUCACCACCACCAUCAUCAUCAUCAUCAGAAUCAUCUGGACAAGUCGGAUGACUCGGCCAUUGAGAAUUCACCCAGCACUUCCACAACGGCAUCCGCAUCCGGCGGACAUCGCCACAGCUCGCCGGUGUCCACAAAAAAGAAGAGUGUGAGCAGUAAGGCGCAGUCGAGUCCCAAGGAUUCACAGCACGAGAAUGGCACAGCCAACGGCGGUGCCAAGUUGAAUCCCCUCGAGACACUCAGUCUGCUGUCGGGCAUGCAGUUUCAAGUGGCACGCAAUGGCACAGGCACCAAUGGUGAGCAGCAGUUGAUUGUCAACCUGGAGCUGAAUGGCAUUAAGUACUCGGGUGUCCUGGUCGCCAAUGCAGCAGCCGGCAGAACAGACCCAAGAUCCGAGGACUCGGACGCGGUAAAUGCUGCAAAUGCAGCUGCCAAGUCCGAGGAGGAGGAGACUGCUUCUGAGGAGGCUUGCAAUGCGGUCAAGCCUGAUAAUAGCCAGGAAGUCAGCCAGAACGAGGCAAUUGACGAGGAACCGGAGCAGACCACGGAUGACAUUGUGAAUGGAGUGGGCGGAGUGGGCGGUGUGGGCAAUGGGGGCACUGUGGGAACGGGGGGCGUAACCCUGCUUAAAGAUGCUGUGGUCAGUUCGUAAAGAAUCGAGGGAAAAGUAUAUUAAAAGGAAUACCAAAGUCAUAUUUUUCAGAAAAAUAAAAAAAUCAAGAACUCAACACACACACACACACACGCAUACACACAGCAUAGUUCUAUGUAAAUACACUCACACAUGAGGCAUUUGUAGCGAGUAGCGAGUAGCAAGUCAAAAGCAGCCUGCGAGCGAGUGAGUUUAGAUUGAGGUUAAAGACGAAACCGGCGAGUAGCGAAAAACAUGUGUGUGUAAAUUCGUAAACCUGGCUAAGACUAAAGUGCAUCUCUGCAUGAAAGAUACACUCACAUACACCUACAUACAAUAUAUAUACACAUAUACAUACAUACAUACAUCUAUAUACAUAAUUAUAGCAUAUACUAUAUAUAUACUACAUAUAUAUCGCUUAGUAUGUUCAAUUUCCACAUUUUGCAUAAAAGACAAGCUAACGAGCAUUGUAUUUAUUAAUAGGACCUAGUUCAUAAGCAGCUGCAACAAUUUCAAAAAUACACGAACAGUGAAGAAAUGAGAAUAAUUGACAUUUGAUUAGUUGUUAGGGUACCUAAGGUCAUGCCACGCCCCAUCCACACACACACACACACACACUUACGCCCCCCUGGGAUUGAAAUCUGUUUUUAUUUAGCGAGCAAUUCAGAAAUAUUUUAACUUUUAUUUUUUUUUUGCUCAGUUUUUAAUUUGUGUUAGGCUGCAAAGCUCGUGUACAUAUCAAUAAUUGCUAUGUAGUAGUAAAUAUCUUUAUUCAUUUAUAUAUACACACAUAUAUAUAGAUAUAUCUUUAUGUAAUUUUAAGUGAACAUUCACACAAACACACUCACACACAUACACACACACACACACACAUUAUGACCACAUACACCAUAGGAUAUAGACAUAAAUACAAUUAUGAGCCUAAAACAUAAAGCAUAAAGCA